AUGAGCUCCGAUCUUGAAAAGAAAGAAAAGACAGAGAAAACGAAGAGCAUUCUUCGGUGGGCAGCUCUAUUUUUGGGAGAGUUGCGUGAUGGUUUGACAAUGAUCAAUAUGCAAAGUGCUUUCUUGAUUGUUGCCAAAGAGUAUCACGAGACUCAAGUUGGGGUUCUAUUUUUCGUGUUUGGAAUGUCUCAGUUUCUCUUUCAGACUCCUGCUGGAUACCUCUAUGAUUACACUGAAAAUAAAGUCUUGUGGCUCUCCAUGGCUGGAAUUGCUACCACUACCAUGACCGUACUUACUGCAAUUUUUGCUACACAAGACAACUUUCUGCUAAUGGUAUUUAUCAAGUUUCUCCAAGGAGGUAUCACCUCAUUUAUUCCUCCUGGUUUGAACAGUAUCACGCAGGGGAUUGUGGGUUCGAGUGGUAUGACAGGUCAGGUUGCCGUUAAUGAAAUGAUGAAUCACUUGGGAACUGCCAUUAUUGUCGGAGUUGGAUCCAUUAUCGCCUACUCUCUCUACCCCAACAUUGGGGUCUUGUUCAUCGUCAGUCCGAUUGCUUGCCUCUUUUUUGUUUACUUUCUGAAUCAAAUUAAAUCCGAAGAUAUUGAUCAUGAUGCUGCCCGUGGACUUGUUGCUGAGGUUUCCGACGAAGCUGCCAAUGCUAAAACAACUAGUCAAGUGGAACCUAGUUAUGCUUUUGGAGAUGCCGCAACCACACACAAUGCCGAUGGCACGCAAAAGGCAACAUCGCCGCUGCAACUUCUUCGGGAUCCAAUUUUGCUUCUAUUUAUUGUAAUUUGCUUCUUGUUCCACUUGUCAAAUGGAACCGUCCUUCCUUUGGUUAUGCAAACUCUAGCAAUUGGGAACGGAAAGAAUGGAAUCCUAUUGAGUGGAAUGUGUAUCACGAUUGCUCAGCUAGUCAUGGUGGCCAGUGCAAAGACUUGUGGUACUUACUCGGAAAAAUACGGUCGUAAGGGCCUGUUUUUGGUUGGUCUCGGUAUUGUCCCAAUUCGGUGUGCCAUUUUGGCUGGACUUUUGGCGAUUAAAGGUGAUAGUGACGCUGGUUUUUUCCUGCAAACAGUGAUCUUGUCCACACAAAUUCUCGAUGGUGUCGGUGCCGGACUUUUUGGAACCAUGUACAUUUUGGUCACUAGUGAUAUUAGUGGAGGAACCGGGCGAUUUGGACUCACUCUUGGAAUGACCACAGCCGCGAUGAGUAUCGGAGGAACGGUAUCUGGAUUCUUGGGUCAAUAUCUUGCGCAAUACUAUGGAUACCUAUCGGCGUAUGUUAUUUUGAUGAUCAUGUCGUUGGUUCCAACACUUGUCUACCUAAUCUUUAUGCCAGAGACGCUCCCAGAGAAGCAAAAGAUCGAGUCUGGACAAGGAGGAGAAGUUCAACCGAAAAGUGACUAUAUGGAGAUGGUAUAA